AUGAGAUGGAAAACCCACCGCCGCCAUCUCCUCCUCUCUACUAUAACCAGAGCCGCCAUCCUCAUCCGGCGGUACGGCACAAAAUAUACAGCAAAAAUAACAUCAACAUCACCAACAGGACGCAAAGUGUCAGCCCAAGUAACCCCACCUGAACCUCUUCCUUUCGACUCUCGUGGCUACCCAAUCCCACGCCGUUACCUCAUCUGCAAAGCCACCCAAAUCCUCCUCCAAACCCACGGAUCUCCGCAAAAACUCCUCGACCCCACCGACCCUUUCCGUUGCCUCCAAAACUACCUCUCCACCCUCUCCAUUUCUCUCACUCCCAACGAAGCCUCCGAAAUCCUCAAAUCCCUAAACUCCCCUUCUCUCGCCCUCAGGUUCUUCCACUUUUGCCCCUCCCUUUCUGCUAAAUUCCACCACGACUCCAUCACCUACUCUCGCAUCCUCCUCAUCCUCUCCAAAUCCAACCUCCCCGAUCGAUUCCACCUCGUCCGUUCCCUCGUCUCGGAGAUGGAGAAGAACGGGGUGAUUGGGUCAAUCUCCACCGUCAAUAUAUUGAUUGGUUUUUACGAGGAAAGUGAGGACUUGGAGAAGUGUAUUGGGCUGAUCAAGAAAUGGGGAUUGAGGAUGACAGGAUAUACAUAUAAGUGUUUGGUUCAAGCUUAUCUGAGAUCACGCAAUACUGAAAAGGGUUUUGCGGUUUAUCUCGAGAUGAAGAAGAAAGGCUACAUGCUCGAUAUUUUUUCUUAUAAUAUGCUCUUGGAUGCCUUAGUCAAAGACAGCGAGGUUGACCAAGCUUACAUGGUUUUUGAGGAUAUGAAAAGGAAGCAUUGUGAGCCGGAUGAGUAUACUUAUACCAUUAUGAUCAAAAUGACUGGAAAGAUUGGUAAACCUGACGAAUCAUUGGCACUCUUUCAGGAAAUGUUGAAGAAGGACUUCACUCCUAAUUUAAUUACUUGGAACACCAUGAUCCAGGCACUUGCUAAUGCUCGGAUGGUGGACAGGGCCAUUCUUCUUUUCUCGAAGAUGGUGGAGAAAGAGUGCCGGCCUAGUGAAUUUACGUACAGUGUCAUUCUCCAUCUUCUGGCUACAGAAGGGAAACUUGAUAGGCUAGAUGAGGUUGUGGAAGUGUCGGAGAAAUAUAUGAAUAGGGCAAUUUAUGCAUAUCUUGUAAAGACUCUGAACAAAUUGGGCCAUGCAAGUGAAGCUCACAGGCUGUUUUGCAACAUGUGGAGCUUCCAUGAAAGGGGAGAUAGGGAUGCAUGCGUGUCCAUGUUGGAAUGUUUAUGCAGUGCUGGUAAAACAACUGAGGCCAUUGACCUGCUGGGUAAAAUUCAUGAGAAAGGAAUAAGUACUGAAACAGUCAUGUAUAAUACAGUAUUAGCUGCACUUGGUAAGUUAAAACAAAUACCUCAACUUCAUGAUCUUUAUGAAAAGAUGAAGCAAGAUGGUCCUUUGCCAGACACCUUCACCUUCAAUAUUCUGAUUUCAAGCUUUGGUAGGGCAGGAAAAGUUGAUGAGGCUAUUAAAAUAUUUGAGGAACUUGAAGACAGCGAUUUUAAACCUGAUAUUGUCUCUUACAAUUCUUUGAUUAAUUGCCUUGGGAAGAAUGGUCAUCUUGAUGAAGCUCACAUGAGGUUUAAGGAAAUGGGGGAAAAAGGAUUUAAUCCUGAUGUUGUGACAUACAGCACUCUCAUAGAGUGCUUUGGCAAAACAGAUAAAGUCGAAAUGGCUUGCAGGUUAUUUGACGAGAUGCUGGCCGAAGGCUGCUCUCCUAAUAUUGUAACUUACAACAUCUUACUUGACUGUCUUGAGAGUAGUGGAAGAACUGCUGAAGCUUUUGAUUUGUACGCAAAACUUAAACAGCAAGGUUUAACUCCUGAUUCAAUAACUUAUGCAGUGCUUGCACGAUUGCAAAGUGGUUCACAUGGAAAGGUUAGAGUUCGCAAGCAGAAUCCAAUCACAGGUUGGGUUGUUAGUCCAUUAAGGUGA